CACACGAUUCAACGCAGAAUGUGGUGUUAUACUAAAGCGACGGAGUCGGCGUUCAUUCACCAAUACGAGAGCACAUAUUUAUUUAGCAUUAGCAUGCUACUAUUUUGCGGCUAACUUCGCGAACCUGUUUCCAAAGAACCUGUGUCUGAAAUGGGGGAUGACAGGCCUUUUGUUUGCAAUGUCCCUGGAUGUGGGCAGAGAUUCACCAAUGAAGACCACCUGUCAGUCCACAAACACAAGCAUGAAAUGACAUUAAUAUUUGGUCCUGCCAGAACAGACUCUGUUAUUAUAGCAGACCAAACCCCAACACCCACACGCUUCUUAAAGAACUGCGAGGAGGUUGGGUUAUUCAAUGAACUGGCCACUUCCUUUGAACAGGAGUUUAACAAAGCACAGGAAGAUGAGCAGAGGCCAAAACAUCCGGCUGCACCUUUACAAACACCAUCUGAAGUAAAAGAUGAGGAUGAUGAGGGUCCUUUAGAAGUAGAUUCUUCCCCUCCUGGAAGUCCAGAUUCUUCUUCGUAUAUGUCAGACGACAGUGGCGAUUCAAGGGUGAGAGGCAAGCAGGAGAUUCCCACCAAGCCCAGCUCUGCUCCUACUCCCACCAUUGUGCGUCCAGGUUCUCUUCCACUUCACCUAAGUAAUGACUCCCUACAUCCAACUCUGCCAUCUCCAACGUCUGUCAUCACUCAAGCACCGCCCUCCAACAGACAGCUUGGUAGAUCCCCAACAGGUUCUUACCCAUUGGUGAGGCACCUUCCUAAUGGGCAGACUGUCCCCCUCCUGCCCAGCCCUGUUCAGAUGACCUCAGUUAUAUCUCUUGCAAGGCCAGUGAACUCAGUGCCUAACAUCCCGGGGAUACCAGGACCCCCAGUUGGUGGCGCAAGCAGUGGUUCAUCCUCUCCCUCUAGUUAUAGCCUGCAUUCUGAGACCAAGAUGCGAUUAAAGGCAGCUCUGACUCAUCAGGGCCCAGGAGCACAAGACGGUGGAGCAGGAUCCAACCCUGCAGUCCCACAGCGGCAGGAACAGAGCCACCAGCCCACUCAACACUCUGAUGCACCUUCACCUGCUCAACCACAGGUAUCUCCUGCUCAGCCAACAGGAGGUCGGCGGCGACGAGCUUCAGAGAUGGAUCCUGAUGAGAGGAGGCAACGUUUUCUGGAGAGAAACCGAGCGGCUGCGUCCCGCUGCAGACAGAAACGAAAGCUGUGGGUUAACUCAUUGGAGAAGAAGGCGGAUGAUCUCGCCAGCAUGAAUGUCUCACUGACGGGUGAAGUAAGCCUACUGAGGAAUGAGGUGGCACAGCUCAAGCAGCUCCUUCUGGCUCACAAAGAUUGUCCUGUCACUGUCAUGCAGAAGAAGGCAGCUUUCCUAGCUGCAGGAGGAGAGGAAACCUCCAGAGAGGCUUCGACUGAACCCAUCGGCUCCCCGGCGGCUGUUAUCCAACACGGGCCGUCACCGCCCGCCUCGGCCUCCAGCCCAGGGGCCACCAUCAACGGGCUGAGCGUCCGCGCUGCAGAGGCGGUGGCUAUGUCAGUCUUGGCCGGCAUGGGAUCAGGCCAGCCGGGAGGAGUUGUCAUGGCACCGCAGUCACAGGCAACUUCAAGAUGAUGUGCUGACGCAGGUAGCCAGUAUGAACUCGAGUGGCAUUUGGAGGCCGGACUAGUGCUAAAGUGUUUGAAUAGAGGGAUUCGACCUUCCUUCUCACCCCAGACUAAGAUACUCUCUCCCCACACAGCCAAUGAUAAUCACACAAAGACCUGGCACAGUGCCUCCAUCAGCCCUCCACCACAGCAGGCUCCCUGUUCAGAGAAGCCUCGUCUCUCUAUGUAUGUAAAUAUGAAUAACCUGUCAGAAAGUCACUUUGCAGGGUUUGGGGAGGGUGGGGGGCGGGAUUUCUCAUUCAAAUGCGACCGUUGAAAAAGCUUCAGAUUGGGCUGAAAAGUAUGAAUGAAUUUUUUUUUUUUUUCACAUAAAAAUGCAGCUUUAGUCCAGUUUUGUCCCACAUGCUGGCUGUGAUGAGGUUGUUUGCUUUUCAAGCUGAUGGUUUUACUGUAAGUUAUCUUGUAUUUUUCAUGUAAGAAAUAAUUUCUAUGCCUAAAACUGGGCAUUUGCAUAAUGUUUAGACUCUGAAAGUACCACGAGAGAUGGCUGAGUCACUGACUACAGUAAAAGGCAGCGUUGAAAGUGUUGCUAAUGCUCUUUUUCUGUUUACUGUUCACCCUGUCUGUCUGUUUGUUUUUUCCCUUUUCCAUAAACUAUCCCUAAAUACACAAUGGCUGAGUCAGCCGAAUGUGUAACAAACCAAAUUAUAACUGUGUACACAGUUUACCUUGUACGUGUCUGUCCGAGUUUUGUAGCCUUAGUUUUAAGCCAUUUUGAAUAGGCCCCAUUACAUUAAUCUUGUAUGUAUCAAACCCUAUUGGCUGCAUGGAUAAUUCAAGGCUGGUGCAUACCACUGUUUCUUUUAUUCCUCAUUGUACUAUCACUGGUUAUCGAUGUGUUUUCAAAAGCCUCAAAUUAUUGAUGCUAAAAUGUUCCCUGUUAGAACUGUUAGAAUUCCAUCCUCAGUCCUUGAAAUGGUUAGCUUUAGAAGGCCCUUUAACGAUAAUCAAACCUAAUGCAUUUUUAAAUAAUUUAUCCUGGCAUUUCAGUUGAGGAAAGAGUAGUGCAAUAUAUUUUUCUAUUGAAUAUCAAUGUUGUUGCAUUUAGCUGAUGCAUGUAGCCCAGCCACUGAGAGCGGUUUGGUCUAUUUCAGUUGAAAGCAUAAAUUCGGAGGUGAGCGGAGAAAAUGAGAAGAUGAAUGAAUGAGAUUGGUGAUGAAUGCUCAUCUGUAGGGACGCACAGAUGUCCUAUAGGCCUGGUUGCUUUCUGACAUUUGAAAAGUCGUCUUAUAUCACGAAGUAGACUUCACUCGUGUGCAAGGUGCUUCUUUUGAAAUUCGAGUUUUAAACUGUAGGUUGUUUUGUACUGCAUUGUACUUCCAAAACGAUCAUGUUGUGUCCUCCCUUGUCACACUGUUUUGUUUUUUUAAUAUUUCAUUGUUUCACAAUGUUUUUACUGUGGACAUUUUUUGGCUUUUUUUUUUUCCAUCACGUGAUAUUAUGUUCCCUUAUUUUGUUUCAGAGCAUAGAUGUCUUUUACAUGUUUAACAAGAGGUUGAACUACAUGAAAAAAAAUAUCUUGAAAAUAUCUGUAUGGGGGAUCUUUGUCAAAUACUCAGGCCUCAAGAUGGGAAAAAUAACUUGUGUAUAAUGUCAACUAAUUAAUAAGUUGUCUCGGGAAAAUACAAUAAAUUAAAGAAAAAGAAAAAAUCAUCAACACA